AUGAACAACAUAGAAGACAUUUUCCAAGUCAUCUGUAUUGGCUUGGCUGUUGCUACUUUCCUUCUCAACACUGGACGUAGUCUCAAAGCCAUUGCGGUCUGCAAAGAAUGUUUGAAUUUCCUACUUAAUGAAGUGUCGGGAAAGGAAGAACAAAUUUUCAAUUUCCUUAACAUUGCUAUAUACAAAGCACUGUUCAAGGCGCACUUUCUUGUCAACGAUUGUAUGAAUGCAACAAAAUGCGGUUGGAUACUUCUUGACAUUUACCGCGAGUGUAGCGAAACUGCCAAAGUAGGGAUUCUUAUAUUAAUGCUGGCUAACAUUUGUGAGCAGCAAUUUAUAUACAAAGAAGCAAGACAACUUUACAAGAAAGGUAUAAAUAUCUUGAGAGUAACAGGCGACAAAAAAGGAGAGGCCUAUGCUUAUGGGAAGUGUGGAGCCAUGUCUCAUCAUUUCGCUGAACAUGAUAAAGCUAAAGAAUAUCUUGAGAAAGCCCUUGCCAUCAAAUUAGAAAUUGGUGACAGACAAGGCGAAGCAGGUUGUUGUGGAAUCUUGGGGUCUCUGUCGAAAUCUCUAGGUAAGUAUGUCAAAGCUAAAGAAUAUUUUAAGAACGUACUUGCCAUCAAAAUAGAAAUUGGUGACAGAAGAGAAGAGGCAAAAGGUUAUGGAAACUUAGGAACUGUGUCGAUAUCUAUCGGUGAAUAUGGCAAAGCUAAAGAAUAUCUUGAGAAAGCACUUGCAAUCAUAAUAGAAAUUGGUGACAGCGCAGGAGAAGCAGUCUGUUACGCAAACCUCGGAACUCUGUUUCAAUCGCUUGGUGAAUAUGAGAAAGCUAAAGAAUAUCUUGAGAAAGCACUUGCAAUCAAACUAGAAAUUGGAGACAGAGCAGGAGAAGCAGUGUGUUACGCAAACCUCGGAACUCUGUUUCAAUCUCUUGGUGAAUAUGAGAAAGCUAAAGAAAAUCUUGAGAAGGCACUCGCGAUCAGAAUUAAAAUUUGUGACAGAAGAGGAGAAGCAGCAGAUUACGGAAACUUAGGAACCAUAUUUCAAUCUCUUGGUGAUUAUAUUAUGACAGAGCCAAAGAAUACAUUGAGAAAGCACUUGCGAUCAGGAUAG